UACUUUUUCAUUUCCACAAGUAUGAAAGCUUUCUUGUCUAAUCAGAAAAUGAGCUUCCUUCUUCGUUCCAUAUGUUUCCUUUUUCUCAUUUCAAGUUUUCUAAACAAGUUUGUGUCUUCUACACAACACUUGUGUCACUCCGACCAAAGGGAUGCUCUUCUUGAGUUCAAGAGUGAGUUUUUGAUCGAGUCAUAUGCUCCCUCCUGGGUGAACAAAAGUGAUUGUUGUUCUUGGGAUGGCAUCACGUGUGCUGCUACGUCGGGGAAAGUCAUCGGACUAGACCUUAGUGACGGCCUCCUCUAUGGCCCACUUAAAUCGAGCAGUAGUCUUUUUAGACUGCGUGAUCUCCGUGAUCUGAAUCUUGCUCGCAACAAUUUCAACGAUUCGCAAUUCCCAGCGGAGUUUGAUAAACUCAUGAGGCUUGAAAGACUUAAUCUCUCUGGGUCUUCACUAUCAGGCCAAAUUCCAAUCAACCUUCUUCAGCUAACCAAGUUGGUGUCUCUCGAUCUUUCUUCUUAUGAUUCUUUAUCUAUUGAUGAAUCUUUUCUUCAUCUACUUGCUCAAAAUUUGAGGAAUCUUAGAGAACUGGAUAUGAGCUAUGUAAACAUUUCUUCAGAAAUCCCCCAUGAGUUUUCAAACCUGCGAUCUCUAAGGUUACUAGAUCUUACCAACUGCAACCUGUCUGGAGAAUUUCCAAGUAGUGUUCUUCUGAUACCGAGCUUAGAGUCCAUUAGAUUAAGCUACAAUUCAAAUAUGAGAGGCAAUCUGCCCGUGUUUCGUGAAAAUAACUCUUUAGUAGAGCUGACCGUUAUGUUCACAGCCUUUUCAGGGAAGAUUCCGUUUUCACUUGGGAACCUUUCUCAUCUCUCUAUUCUCGAUCUUUCUAGGAAUAAUUUUGUUGGUGAAAUCCCAUCUUCAAUUGGCAAUCUAGGAAUAAUUUUGCUCCUCAUAUGAAGGAAACCCCGGACUUAAUGGUCCUUCCCUUAAGGAUGUUUGCAGAGAUAUCAAAACGCCAACAACACCACAAUCCGAACUGAUGGAGUCAAAAGAAGAAGAAGAAGAAGAAUCAUUCAGUUGGAUGGCAGCAGGUUUAGGCUUUGCACCUGGAGUUGUAUUUGGGCUGGUGAUGGGAUACAUAGCAGUUUCAUACAAGCAUGAGUGGUUCAUGAAGAGAUUUGGCCGAAACAAGCAACAAAGCAUCAGAACUCGUUAAGUCACUCAUCGAUGCAUUCUCCUAGUCUCUUCGUUAUCGCAUUGUUGUUUAAUUAUGUUCAUUAAAAUUUUGUUGUAUUUCAAGUUUUAAGCGUGUGCUGAAUCAAGUUUUGUAUAAUA